UCUAAAUUUUGAAACGUAAAUCUUCAUGAGAGUUAGCCAUCGGAUCGAGGUGACCCAAGUGAGUUGAGCAGACAGCAGGAUAGGAACUAGAUAGAAGGCAGAAGGACGUUGCUCAAAAUGAUAUGAAAUGUUUUAGAGAACUUAUUGGUAACAAGGAGAGAACAGGUUAGUCUGUGGUGGUGAAAAUAACUCACAUACGAAUUCGUCAAGUUACGACUGAGAAAGCCAUGUCAAACAUGAACUCUUCCUUCUGGAUGCAAAGAGAAGGUAACAGACCUGAAUUAUUCUGUGGAAGUUCAGCUGGCUACACCAUCAAAAGUGGACAUUUCAUAAUGCUUGUGUGUUCCACUAUUGUUUUGGGAGGAUUUUUGAGGACCUGUUUAAAGAAUUCUGAGGUCACUGUCUUGAUAAUUCUUUCUGUGGUAGGAUUUGUGAUAGGACAACUGGCUCACAAUUCUGUGGAGGUGUACCAAAUUGUCUAUCCUCUUCUGAGAACACCAAGUUUUUCACUUUAUUGUUAUUUUUCACCUAUAAUUAUAUUUAUGGCUGCUUUGGAUGUGGACUUUUGUAUCCUCAGGAAUGUGUUCUGGCAGGUCUUGUUAACAGCAUUAAUUAGCUUUGUUGUGGCAUUCAUCAUAAUUGGAUAUGUGGUUCUGAAAUUCAAUAGAGAUUUGUGGGAUUUGCAGUCUUCCCUACUCUUUAGCAUGACCCUUGGCAUGACAGAUCCUGUUCAUUCUGUGAAUUCACUGAAAACUAUUGGCAUUUCCAAAAUGUAUACUGAUAUCAUACGAGGAGAAUCAAUGAUCAUUUGUGGCUUCACAUCCAUUUGUUUUGGAAUUUUUCGGAGCAACUUUCUCCACAGUUCCAUGUUUACGGAGUUACAUGUAAUCUUGGGCCUCUCCUUGGACAUCCUGGGAAGCAUAAUAUGUGGAUAUUCGUGUGCAAGAAUCAUUCAGUUUAUAUUGACUGACCUCUUUAGCAAUACACUUAAUAGUGUCAUUCUUUGCAUUUCAUUGGUGUACAUGACCUUCUACAUUGUGGAAUUUUUGGGAAUGUCGGGAAUGGUUGCAUUAGUCACUGUUGGACUGAAUUUAGAUUCCUUAAGCUUUAAACCGAGGAUUGAGUUAAUAAUUACUAAGUUCCUAAUAAUGUUUUCAACUGUAUACCAACAAUUAAUAUAUACUUUCUUUGGCAUUGUAAUUGGAUGUGGAGAAACCAAGUAUUUAGGAUUUCAUACUGUGGUUUUCAUGUUCAUCUUAUUUGCAACAGUGAAUUUUGUAAGGUUGCUUACUAUUGUGUUAGUGAGCCCCAUCCUGAUGCAUGCAAAUUAUGAAUAUAAUUGGAGAUGGGGAAUUGUUAUAGCAUGGUCUGGAAUUAAAGGAGUUUUUAGCUUACUCUUGGCUCCUGAUAUUCAUAAUCUGGCUGAACAAAAAAUAGAGUCACCGCAAUUGUUUAUAUUGUAUGUACAGGUAAUAUCACUAAUGACUAUGGGAAUAAAUUCAUACAUGAUGACUCAUUCAGCCAGGACACUAGGUUUGUGUGCUAUUUCCCUCCCAAGGCAAAUGGCCAUGAAAAAUGCCAUUAAGCACAUUCAGGAGAUAAUACAGAACACAAUAACACUAUUCAAAACAGAAAAAAUUUUGACAAAUGUUAAUUGGACCUUAGUAGAAGAAAAAACAAAGAUUGAAUACAACAUUCCUUCUGAUCCUUAUCAUGUUUCACAUGAUAACAAAAAGGAGGAGGAGUCCCCGACAGAAGAAGUUUUAAUAGAAGAAGCCAGAUUGCAUGUAGCUAUAAUACAAAUGAGUAGCUUUGAAAAACAGUGUAAUGAUGGAAUCCUCAGUGUAGAGGCAGCCCGGAUAUUAAUUGGUGCAACCAAAAGCUAUUGCCCCAUCCGAGGAAAAUUCAUGAGUAUUUAUGAUGUUUCAAAUUAUGUAAGAGCUAGAAGUUGGCUUAUCAAGUUUAAAAACAUGUUAGCUUUCUUGGAAUAUCAUAAAGAUAAGGCAUCUCUUAUUAUGUAUGGGAAUAAUAAAUUUCUGCUUUUUGUGUAUCACAUGGUAUUUUCAGAAGAAUUUGAAUAUGCAGGACAUGUUAUAACAGUAAUGUACAUUUAUCCUAUUAUAAUGCAUCUAUGGCCAAUGGCAAGAGAGUUAAAUGUGUCAGCACUUAUAUCAGUAAACAACUAUUUUGUAUUUUUAUACAUAUUUCGAUCAGCACUGAAGAUAGUAAUUUUGAAAAGGAAAUAUUUUCAUCAACAUUGGAAUACUUUGGACUUUCUUAUCAUGCUUCUUGGAAUCAUGGAUAUCUUUUGUAUAUACUUUGUCAAAUUGAGACCAGACAACUUCGUCCUUAUUCAGAUUACAGUAAUACUAGGAUAUUUCAGAAUAAUCAGGUUUAUUCCUUUCAUCAAGAUAAUAAUCCCACUACUGAUAAAUAUUGUAGAUGUGCAGAUCAAAAAACGCCUCCGCUUGAUGUAUAGUAUUACAAAAGGUUAUGUCAAAAGUCAAGAGGAUACCAAAUUUCUAAUAAAACAAAUUUCCAGCCGAGAAUCAAUAUAUCAGAAAUUAUAUGAAAUUUUGGAAACAAACAAACGAGAUGCUGUCAAAGAACUAGGGCUCAUAGAGCAUGAGGGUCGCGAUGUUGUCAUUGCUUUGAAGACCAGGCAGGCAAUCCGGAGUGUGAUUGCUAAAGCUCUGAAAAACCUCACUUUUCUUUGGUCAAGAGGCAUUAUUGAUAAACAUGAGGGCAUCGAGAUGAAUAAGGUACUCCUUGCAAAAAUAAAAGCACUGAAUAACUUUCCAAUGGCAAUCCCGCCACCUACUCCUGAUAAAUAUCUUCAUAAUAUUGUUUGGCUGGAAAAAAAAGAUGUUCUCAUUGAGUUCUUCAAGGAGAGAGCCAAACUUGCGUAUUUUGACUAUGGAGAUGUCAUUUGUAGAGAAGGUGAAAUGCCACAAGGAAUCUACUUAAUUAUUUCAGGAAUGGCAAUUUUGCAUAGUUCACCUCCUACCUUCGGAACAGACAACAGCCUAAGGUCUGAUAGAGGGUCCAAAACCAUGUUUACAGAAUACUGUACCAGUGGGGACAUAAUUGGAGAGCUGAGCUGUCUGCUUAAGCGUGAAAUUGAAUAUACCGCCAUCUGUGAAACUAUUUUACAGGCCUGCUUUAUCUCCCUGGAGGAUUUAUAUGAAGGUUUUGAUGUCUUCUGGCCAUCCUUGGAAUAUAAAAUAUGGCUAAAGCUUGCGCUCAGUAUUGCCUAUCAGUAUUUUGAAUCAAGUCUCACUGAUGAGGACUUGGACUUUCAGAAGUGUGUGGCGUUCAAUCUGGCAUACGUGGAGACUUUAUCAAGCUAUAACGAAAUGACUAUUGAUAAUGUGACCAUGAAAUUCGUUAUUAUUGUGUAUGGUAGUGUCAUUGAUACUAAGACAGAGGUACCAUAUCUUGCACCUUGCAUUUUGCCUAAAACCUGUGAGCAGGUUCAGGGAACUUCAGAUUUAAGCAAGCUGCUGGUUGUGCAAGCAUCUGAGCCUGCCAAAAAUACUGAUGAUGCCAAAGUCAUGGUCAACCCUGGUCUUCGUAUGACCCAGAGAGAAUAUAAUUGGAAGAGAAAAAAUGAGGAAAGAGGUUUCCAGUUAUCCUGGAAUCGGUCACAAAGUUAACUGGAAUUCAACUUACCUGACAUCUCUUUUCCUGAGGUGCCCCUUUGUCAGACUGCUCUUACUGAAUUAACGCAGUAUGUCUUCACAAGAGGAUGUUUGAUGGCAUAGAAAUGCACAUGUAU